AUGGAUCUCUGUGCUUUGAAUCACUCAAUAUGUCUUAACAACGGUACUUGUGUUAUGAAUUAUACAUUGAACAUUACUUAUUGCACAUGUAACGAAUGUUAUGUGGGCAGUAUUUGUCAGUUUAUACGCAGACAAGAUUAUUAUGAUACACAAUACAUCAAUUUCAUCAUGUAUAUCGUUGCAUUUGGUAUCUCAGUAUUGAACAACACAAUGUGUCUCGAAUUAUUUAUCAGAUGUCGAUUGAUACGGCGAACAAACAGUGGAGUUUAUCUCAUCAUCUAUUCAAGUCUAUGUCUGUUGAGUAGUAUUUUCAUUGUUAUGGAAGGUUAUCUCGAAUAUGAUGGAGGUACGCGCUAUUUUACAAAUCAUACACUUGUAGGAAAUAGAUUUUACUGUAUUGUUGGAGUCACCGGUUAUAGUUCAACGACUUUUCUUUGUAUAUGGUUUAGUGCAAUGGUUCAACUCGAACGUGGUUUACUUGUUUUUUUGGUUGCAAGAACAAAUUUUUCUCGAAAACGAUCGAUAAUCAUUUCUGUACUUUUAUUGGUUAUGGCAAUAGGCUGUUCAAUACCAUUUAUCGUUUACAACUGUGACUGGAUCGGUAAUCACUCCAUUAAAACAUUCCGUGUGAUUCUCAUGUUUUUUCAUAUUUGCAUCCCGAUUCUCAUUUAUCUGAUUUCUACUAUUUUGACUUUCGUUGGUUUCGCUCGUCGUAUAUACGCAUAUGGAUUAGAACAACGCUCUAAACCAAGAUUAUUCAUGAAACUGACACAAACACAUUUCUUUAUUUUUAUUCCACCUGUCGCUUUUUCUGUUUGCUACGGACUUUUCAAUCUAGUGGCGAAAUACAGUGAUUCUCAUAAAGGCUAUUUCCCUUGUGGGAUCUCAACUCCAGAAUAUAUCAUAAAAAUUUUAUUACGAGGUCUCACGGGUCUUCCGUUUACUAUCACCUGGCUGAUUUUUGUAUAUCCAUCGCGAGUCUACAUGAGUGAGUUUUAUAUGAAUACAUGGUGUGGACAAUGGACAGCAUUUGUUGUACUUCGCUUUCGACGAUAUUUGUUGAAAAAGAAGGACGCGCCAAGAAACAAUGAGUCAUCAGGUGCCACUGAAGAUAACACGUAUGGGUAG